CACUGCCGCUUUUUUUUGGUUUUGCGACGCGAGUUUUAAAAUGUCGUCUACCGCGAAUUUGGCGAAUGUUUACGCGGAGCUGAUGCGCCGCUGCGGCGAAUCCUACACAAUUACCUAUGGAGCACCGCCUAGCUAUUUGGUGAGCACGGUGGGAGCGGCGGAGGCAGGCAAAAAGAUUGUGCUGGUUUUCAAGGAGGAUCGCAGUGGUGUUUCAGCCAAAUUCAGGACCACAACUCCGCCAAAAAGGGAGAGUCCCACCGAUUUGGAUCUCACGGGGAGUCCGCUGAAGGACGACUGCCUGGUGGACGCCAUCGGCGACCUCUCCAUCGAUCUGCAGCUGGAGGAGUCGAAUCCCUGGAAGCUGGAGGAGGAGUACCAGCGCGGAAUUCCCGUGGAGAAGGCCAGGUCCAUCUGUUGCGCGGAGUUUCUGCAACUGGCCGAAGGACUCGGCUCCGUGUGGUUCCUGUGCGACGGCAGCGAUCCCGGCCAGACGCAGCUGCUCCAGUACGAGUUCAAUCCCAGUCACUUCUCGCGGGGAAUCCUCAGCUACCAGGGAGUGCUGCCCGCCUACCUGGUGACCUCGCAAUCCCUCGUCCGUCAGCAUGGAAAGGCGCCGCAGGAAACGCUGAUCGAGAACAGCUACCAGGUGAAUCCGCACAUGCGGCUGCGCUGCUCCUGGAGCUCCAACAAUGGUCUCCCCCUGCUGGUGAACCUCAACGACUGCGAGGUGGCGCUGAAUCACACCUUCCGGGUGGGCGAAUGCAGUCCGUUGACCCAGGAUUUCAUGAACCAGCUGCGCAUCCUGGUCUUCCUGCGCGAGGACAUCGUCUCCUACCACAGGGACAUCCGGCAGGGCCUCGUCCGGGAUCCCAUUUACCGCUGCGGCAGCGGCAUCGACAUGGACGAGCUGCGCGAGUCCAUUAACCAAACCAUGACCGAUGUCUCCGGCUUCGCAGAUCGCUAUAGUAUUGGUCAAGUGGAGUUCGACAUCGAGGAUGUGGUGCAGCGGGCCAAGGUGCGAAGGCUCACAGAUGUAACCGACAAGCUGUGGGAGCUGCUCAAGAGCUGCGCCUCCUACAAGGACCUCAAGUUGGCCUUCAACAUGCUCUUUCAGUGCGCCGCCCGCUGUAACAUCGUGAACACGCCGACCAACAAGAACCGCCUGGCCAAGAUCAUCACCGAGUUGGCCAAUCGACGACUGGCCAUGCCCUGCCUGAGUGGCGCCGAGCCGCUGGAACUGCUGCUGGAGAUUGGCCUGGAGAAGCUGUACAAGGACUACGAGUUCAUCUACACGGAGAGCAAGCUGUGCAGCACCAAUCUGCUGAAGGAGGACUCCGGCGAGGCGGCGAACGAGGAUGGCUCGCCGCAGAAUCUGCCCCAGCUGCGAAAAUCCUUGCAUAAUGCGGUCCGAGGGGAUCCGACGCCGGGAGCAGGAAUGCGAAAGACGCUGCUGCAUCACAACGGCGCUGCGAAGUCGGGGAAUGCCAAGUAUGCCGGCGACGACGACGAUGCUGGGUUUAAAAACAGCCACUUUGACGAGCAGGAGAGCACGGAGCGGGUCUCCAAGCUGUUCCAGAUCCACUGCACCCUGGAGCACCUGCUGAUGAUGCACAUUCACCUGAAUCUGUCCAAUGUCUACAACGAUGUGUGUUCUGAGCUGCUCAAGAAACCCCUUAAAUUGGUGGAUUCCAUCGAUGAUCAGCUCAGCGAUGUGAUGGACAUUCGCCUGUCCGCUCACUACGUGAGUGAUCACUUGGAUGGCAAGGAUCCCUACUCCCGAAACAUCACCAUGCGUUCGUACAACAAGUUCCGUGAGCUGAAGACCACCUUCUAUUUCAACUCGGAGAAUAUUUGUCCGCCCAACUUGGCUCAGUGCUUUCAGUGCGAUGAUAAAGAGAUGGUCAAGGAGCGCACCUAUCAUUCUUGGCUUUAUCGCAAGAUACGCUCUCUUAAGUAAAGCAGCUCUUUUUAGUGAUAUAAAAUUGUACAUUUAUUAUUCGCGUAAAAUGUUAGGCAUAUUUAAUUUUGUAAAGCUUGUCAUGUUUAAAAUCUAACCUAUAAAGCCCUUUAGUUUGUAAUCUUUUGAGAUAGAUAUAAACUAUUAAAUUAUUUCAAUUAA